AUGGCCACCGAAACAGUACCCUCGGCGGCGGCGCCAACGCCCAAAAUGUCCCGCUAUAGGAGUGUGAGGCGCGCGCAAGAAGAGCAGACACGGCAGCCGGGUCAAUACCACCAGGACCACGCUUCACCAGCAGUGCCAGCCGUUCCAGCCAUGCCUCCAAUGCCUCCCAUGCCUGCCGUGCCCGAAUCCCAGCCUCAGAAUGAUGCGCCCAUUAGCAGAAGCAUGAGUCGCUACCACCGCAGGCCGACGACUUCACACGCGACCAGCCCGAAUCCCCCGCCACUACGCUCCAACACCAUUCCUAAUGCUCCGCCUCCGCUUCCCGCGCAGCAACCGCCGUCCACGUCCCGGAACCGUGCUUUGAGCUCCCCGUAUCAAUCAACGCAUACCGCAAACACCGGCCAGCGUCGGCCAAGAACUGCCAGGCCUCGCGCAGAAGCCUCACCCCCUGUCUCCAAUGCGCCACGACAGCAGUCGCUGAGAGGUGAUGACAGCGCGAGAGAUGUCCUGCAGAGAGAGAAGGAGAGACAGCGGCAGUUGAAGGAAAAGUACGAAGCGGAGGCGCGCAUGCAGAGGCAGGCCAAGCAAGCCGAACUGGACAGAAUUGAGAAAGUGCGCCAGGAAGAGGAAGAAGCUGCGCGGGCAGAGGCCCAGAGGGCAAUCGAAGAGGCUGAGGCGCUGCGUCGGCAGAGGGAAGAACAAAAGGCCGAGCAGGAACGUGGCAGGCGGUUGCAGAAGGCUGAGACUCAGAAAGUGCUCCAACAAAGGGAGGAGGGUGUCCGCAGAGCGAAAGCCGAAGAGAAGGAGCGACAGGCGACACUCGCAAAGCUUGAGCAGAAGGCCCGAAAAGCGCCUUCUUCGUCGCCCCCCGUCUCACCACCCCGGCAGCAGGAGAUAGGAUUUGGUAUGUUCAAAAGGAGAAAAGACGAGGCUCUAGGUUUAGACGCUCCUUCACAACAAUCAGCUCCGCCGCAGUUGAGUCUCAACUUCGAUAGCCAGGAAGAGGAGACUAUUAGACCUGGUGGAGGUGGCGUUGUUCUGGGCAUCGAUGCUCCCACAUCUGCUGUAAAUGCUGGCGACAGGCGCGUCAAAGUUGUGUGCAAUGAGAAGCGCAUCCUAUUGCCUGUGACUCCAACCACCACACCUCUCGAUCUCAUCAAGUCAGCCGCCACUGUCCUCACAGACCCCAUCGACGUGCGUACUGCCGUCAUCUGCGAGUUUUUCACCAAAGUUAGCAUCACACGUCCACUUCGCAACUACGAGUAUGUGAGAGACGUUAUGAACUCGUGGGAUCACGACAAUCAAAAUGAGCUUACCAUCAUUGACUCUGAUGUGGACGGGAUCAACCAGGACAGCCUGCUCUCGUACAAAGUUCCAGACACAAGACCAGAGGGCGUUUCGUGCUUCAUCCAAUACUCAUCGCGACCUGGCAAAUGGAGUAAACGAUAUCUCGUUCUUCGUCCUGAUGGACAGCUAAUCAUGGCCAAGAACGAGAAGACAAAGGAGAAGGACCAAGAGAAUAUCUGCACUCUCACAGACUACGAUAUCUACUCCGUGACGCAGUCGAAGCUGGCGCGCGUAAAGCCCCCAAAGAAGAUUUGCUACGCUGUCAAAAGUAUGCAGAAGUCCAACAUCUUCGCGGAUGAGUCUCAAUAUGUCCACUUCUUUUGUACCAAUGACCGAAACACAGCGAAUACGUUCUACACAGCGCUGCAGACCUGGCGCAGUUGGUAUCUCAAACACCAGAAGGGCGAGGGGCUGAAGAAGAAAGCCACAGCACAACGUAAUAUAUCAGGGAACGCUGGGGCUGCGCAGGCGUCCUCCCAUACAAGAGGCGAAUCAGUUGGAUCGCAUUAUCAGCUUGGUGCCUUCUCGUCAUUACUCGACAUGGACAGUUUCAACAAGACACUGGAUGAGAUCGAGGUUCACAAGCCGGGAGAGUUUCCAGACGAUAAGCCUCUCUCGAAGCUUGAUAGUAGCGCAAUGCAUGCGAAAAUGAAGUCAGUACGAGUAAAGCGACCGCCCCCAGCUGCUUUCAACAAGAGCGGUCUAGCCGCAGAGAUCCCGCCACCGCCCACUGCUCGUCGUCGGAGUAUCGAUCAGCAGGGCGAGGAAGCGUUUGCCUCCAGCGGUCUCCUGGGGCGUAGUUACACGCAGCGCCAGGCCGCUUUACAGGCACGUGAACAAACGGGUCCGUUCACCGAGGGACCGUCUCUACUGAACAGCAUGGGUCGUGCAGCCCAAGUGUCGUCAAACGACUCCAGCCUUAAGCGCAACACUUCUGUCCGCAGCAACCACCACCGAAGAACAUCUAGUGAUCUUCAACGCAGUGCCUCGAGACGUGUUCCUGGCAUGCCCGAACCUUUGGUUGAUCUCACACCUCAGUACAAACCGCCGCCACAGCAUCUCAACAAGGGCAAAGGCUUCAACCCAGGAGCUGGCGCAGGACCUUUGGUUGAAAGUGCAACUUCAAUCGAGGAGGCAAUCAUGAUUCCGUCAUCAACCGACUGGCGCGCUGGUCGUCCAGGUACGUCGCGCGCGGCACAUGGUACCUAUGGUGCUGGUGGACACGAGCGUACGCGUUCGCUCAAGGGUCGUGGUGAGCCUUUGGCAGCGUAUACACAUAACAACCAUUCUGGCGCUCCCGAGGAUGACAGCAAGGCGUUUACAGGAGGUGGGUUACUUUCUCAGGCUGGCUACUCACAAGGAAAAGACAUGGUUGGUAGGGGUGUCAUGGAUGGCAGUAGAGCCAGAGGCCCAAUGGUCAACCUCUCGUUAAACAAUGAGUUCGCACAAGGCAGUUUGCUGAGUGCGCUGCCGAACGCAGCUCCGGUUAUUGACAGGAGUGGUAAGUAG